GGUUUAAAUCGAUAUAAUGACAUUGCUAAAUAAAAAGGAUCGAGACUGUUGUAUCCGAGCCUAUCCUUUGAGGAUGCAACUCUCGCAAGCUUAGUUAAGCAACUUCGAACAGGCGCCAGUUGUUUCCAUCAACUGUGAAGCCGGCCGCACUCUUCGUCGUCCAUCUUGACAACUGCGACUCUGUUGGGGCUCGUAGUACCUCUUCGAAGCAUAGAAACCCUAUCUCAUUUAAUGUUGGCCAACCCACACUGGUGGACGACUUUGUGUUGACACAAGAAAGGUCCGGGUCCAGCGCGUUGCGAUACCUGUUGCCCAGAGAUCAGCUUCACUCUCGUCGAUGUCACAAGAAGGGACGCAAGAAGGCACAGCAUUACAAGCUAGCGAUAGCCCUCGACCUGCCCCGCCGCACCAAUCCGACGCUUCUGUACCUCGCACCGGAGCUCCUCAGAUCCAUAUCUCGCGUUUGCCACGAGGAAAUAUGAGUCAAUCCGGCGAUGGAGCUCCACGGAUCCGAAUUACUAAGAACCCGCCGCAGCAGAGGGCCGAGGAGACGCUGGAAGCGUUUGAGGAUCGUACGCUGAGCGCUCUUUUCAAGAUCACGCUAAACGAGUCUCAACAACAAGAUAUUCAUGGCCAGAAGCUUUUAUAUCUCCCUGGGGUUGUUUCGGACCUGGAGGAGCAACGACAGCCACUCCGGUUAAACGUCGGAAUUUUGGACCAAGCGCUUCUGGAGGCGGGGUCGAAUGCGGAGCGACAAAAGCCUCUGGAGUACUUGCUACCGUGCUGGAAAAGGGUAACAAGGCUGUAUAAAGGGUUUAAGAGGACGAAACCUGAUGAUCCCAAAUACGAUGUGGUCAAGGAGGCCAGGAGAUUAUGCUUGAGCUACUGCAUAUUCGCCGCUACAAUGCCGGAGAUGUUUGGAAUUGACGCACCUCCUUCAUCGCCCCUCAAACCACACCUUCUGAAUGAGCCGGAUAGCGAUACGGGCUUGUGCCAUGAUUUUAUGUCCGAGGCUAUAAAACGUGCCGACGAUGAUGAUACUAUCAUACCUGCGUUCGUCAACGCUGUGGAAGAUAUGAGCCGUGAUCUGUCGUCCAUGUCCCUGAAUGACGACUAUAAAGGGUAUAUGAUGGCGUUUCGUAACCUAGUUCGAUUUUCUCCUCUGGCGGUUGCCAUCACGGAAUCUCCCAUCUUUAAUUUAAAUGUAGGAGCAGAUAAGUUUGAAACUGAGACGCUUUUAGGGCCCUGGUUCAGGCUGUCUCCGCUGCAGAAGGAAACAGCAAUGUCAUAUUUCUCGAGUCCACAAACGAGAGACAAGGGUUCCAUAAUCAGCGCACAAAGGGCAAUGCGAAUGACUCAACAGCUGCAUAGUUCAGACCUUCUCGACAUCAUCAAUCACCUCAUCAGGGCUUCCAAGUCCGCAAGAGAACAUGUUUUGGAUUGGUUUGCAGCAACUGUCAACAUCAACCAUAAACGAAGAGCUAUGCAAGUGGAUCCAGCCCAGGUCUCCUCUGAUGGGUUUAUGUUCAAUGUCACAACUUGCCUUGAUCAGUUGUGUGAGCCGUUUAUGGACGCAGCAUUUACUAAGAUUGAUAGAAUUGACUUGAAUUAUCUGAAAAGAAACCCACGAGUGCAAAUCAAAGAUGAAACUAAAAUAAAUGCCGAUCAAAAGACCUCUGAUGAGUUUUACUCCCACUCCGUGGAAGGCGAGUCGAAUUUCAUCAGCGAAGUUUUCUUCCUGACGGUUGCUGCUCAUCAUUAUGGUAGCGAGUCGUUAACUACCUUGUUGGAGCAGCUCAGGAAAGACCUGCGCCAUAUGCAAACUCAGAUUGAGAAGCUUGAGCGCGAAAGGCCUAAAUGGUCAGUGGAUCCUAAUCAGGCCAGAAUGUUCGAGAGGGCACUCCAAAAGUACAAAGACAGGUUGGAUAUAGGCCUUGCGUUUAAAUACAGCCUACAAGGUGUUUUAUUGGAUGAGCUCUGGCAGGCCCGGUCCAUGCAGUUCAUGAGAUACGUUAUUGUGUGGAUGCUGAGGAUUGUGUCUGGUCGCAACUUUCCCAAGGAACCACUUCAGCUACCGCUUCCCGCGACUGAAUCUGAAGCUUUCAAAUGUCUGCCGGAAUACUUCCUGGACGACGUCGUGAGCAAUUUCAAAUUCAUCAUAUGGAAUAUGCCUCAUAUAAUUACUUCAACGCAGGGUGAUGAGUUGAUUAUGCUCUGCAUCGCUUUCUUACACAGUUCGGAAUACAUAAAAAAUCCGUAUCUCAAAGCGGGAUUAAUCACAAUCUUGUUUUGCGGGACGUGGACCCAACCGACUGGAGCGAGGGGUGUCCUCGUUGAUCUUUUAAAUUCUAUGCCGUUUGCUAAUAAGCACCUUCUACACGCUCUUCUGAAGUUUUAUAUAGAAGCAGAGUUUACGGGAACCCAUACGCAGUUUUUCGAUAAGUUUAAUAUUCGACUGGAAAUUUUCCAGAUAAUCAAGUGCAUCUGGCCGAACGCAAUCUACCGGGAUCAAUUAUCGAAUGAGGCACAAAGGAAUUCGGAUUUUUUCGUGCGGUUUGUGAACCUGCUCUUGAACGAUGUUACUUUCGUCCUGGAUGAAUCGUUCACGGCGUUUUUGACGAUUCACGACACACAAGUCGAACUGAGACAGCAAGGAGAUUCAAUGGAUGAAAAUACUCGUCAGGAAAAGGAAGAGCAACUGGCAGCAGCUCAAAGCAGAGCCAAGGGAUACAUGCAACUGACUAACGAGACCGUGACGAUGCUGAAGUUGUUCACGGAAGCCCUUGCUGAUUCCUUUACGAUGCCUGAAAUUGUACAGCGGCUGGCUGACAUGUUGAAUUACAACCUGGAUGCGAUGGUCGGCCCCAAGAGUUCGAAUUUACGUGUGGACAAUUUGGCCUCUUACAACUUCAAUCCCAGAGCGCUGUUAAGUGAGAUUGUUGAUGUAUAUCUCAACUUAAUGCAGAAGGAUAACUUCAUUCUCGCUGUGGCACGCGACGGUCGGUCGUAUAAGCCGGCGAAUUUUGAUAAGGCUGCAGAAAUUCUCAAGAAACGGUCCCUUAAAUCCCAGAGUGACAUGGUCAAAUGGGAGAAAUUAAAGUCUAAAGUCAAGGGAGCCAAAGAGGCAGACGAGCAGGCAGAAGAAGACCUGGGAGAAAUUCCGGAUGAGUUCCUUGAUCCGUUGAUGUAUACGCUUAUGGAAGAUCCUGUGAUACUUCCCAGCUCCAAAGUUUCCAUUGACCGGUCAACCAUCCGGUCCCAUCUCCUUAGUGAUCCUAACGAUCCUUUCAACCGAGCGCCACUUAAGAUUGAGGACGUUAUUGCAGAUACGGAAUUGAAGGCGAAAAUUGAAGCUUUCAAGACGGAACGGAAAGCUGCGAAGCUGGCGGGAUUGAAAGACGCAGCCCCAGACCAGGAUAGCAUGGAUACGAGUGCAGGAUAAUCAGUCGAUCCUACUCCGUACAGUGGCCUGGGCUACAUUUAAUUUGUUUUACUUUCCAUGUUCUCUGUUGAUAGACUUGCUUAAGAUGGCACAUCUUCAGAAUGUUGUCCCUUCAGAUAAUGGUCUAAAAUGAUGCUGUAGCCACAGUUUCAAU